UUCCAUCUUUGCUUUUUCUUUGUUUUCGAAAACACUUUUUAUUGUUUUUGGAAAUUUGUUUCUGUUUUUAUCGUCUAUCAAAUUUUCGAUCAUGUGUUAAUUCUGAAUUAGAAAGAAGCUGAGUGAGACGACUGAGAAGAAGGCUUGGGUGUCACUCGUUGUUUGCAGGGCCAAUCGCUAGUGGUGCUAACGUGCGCCUCUCUCUGCUGUCUGCAAUCUAACCAUUGAUUUCCUUCUUUUUGUCUUUGAUCCUCGAUUCUGACUGUUGGAUUGGCCGAUUACUCUCAUUUGCUCCACUUGCUUUCUGUUAUUCAUUGCUUUCUGUUUGCGGAUAGGGUUAACGUCCGCCAGCCUUUGCAAGCAGCAUCGCCUUAUUCUUCUCUCUCCUCGGUUUGGGGUUGGGGUUGGGGUUCGUAUGUUGAGUUUGUACGGACGCUGACUCUGAUCUGUUAAUGGAGUCUUGCAUCGAAACGGGAGAAAACGAAACCCUAACCCUAUUUUGUGUCCCAAUUUUGAGCGGAAAAGCGAGAGAUGUCAUGGAAGUUCUCUAGUAUUACCUGUAACACCGAUCGGGGAUAAGGCGGUGUUUGGCGGUCGACGGAAUUGUCAUUUUUUAUGUUGUGUUAGUGUUUCCUUGAAUUGCUUGGAUGGAGAUGGCGCGGAAUGAGAUUGGCAGCGGCGGAAGUAACAGUAAGAGCAGUGAUUCCUUUAUCGAUCGAAGCAACGUGCGGAUUUUGUUGUGCGACAACGAUACCAAGAGUUCGGACGAGAUCUUCACUCUUCUCUGCGGGUGCUCCUAUCAAGUAACAUCAGUGAGGUCAGCUAGACAGGUGAUUGAUGCAUUGAAUGCUGAGGGACAUGAUAUUGAUAUCAUACUCGCUGAAGUUGACCUUCCAAUGACCAAAGGCAUGAAGAUGUUAAAGUACAUUAUGCGGGAUAAGGAGUUGCGACGCAUACCCAUUAUCAUGAUGUCCGCACAGGACGAGGUUUCUGUUGUUGUGAAGUGCUUGAGACUUGGUGCAGCUGACUACCUUGUAAAGCCUUUGCGCACAAAUGAACUAUUGAACUUGUGGACUCACAUGUGGAGAAGGCGGCGAAUGCUUGGACUUGCAGAGAAGAACAUCUUGAAUUAUGAUUUUGAUGUGGCAGCUUCAGACCCUAGUGAUGCUAAUACAAACAGUACUAUGUUCUCGGAUGAUACGGAUGACAAGUCACGGAUGAGUGCCAAUCCAGAGAUGGUUGUUUCAGUUCAUCAGGAAGAUGAGUCUAAUGCUACUAUUGAUAGCACUGAUGUUGCUGCUGAGCCUCCAGUUGUGAAUCAGUUGGAAUGUCGGCCUGAUGUUCCAGGAAUUAGUGACAGGCGAACAGGACAACUUCUUUCAGGUCCAAAGAAGAGUGAGCUGAAGGUUGGUGAGUCUUCUGCCUUCUUUACAUAUGUCAAAUCAAGCAUGAUUAAAACCAAUUCUCAAGGGAUUCCCAACAUCAAUGAAAGUGCUCCUCAACAUUCAAGGAUGGAAGAGAGAGUUCAAGCAUGGAGUGAAAAGGGGGUUAAUGAUACCCAAGAACAUGAAAAUGGAGAGGCAUGGGAAAACUAUUCACAAGGAGAUGACUUUCCAAGCAGUAACAGCAUCCCUGAUUCUCUUUCUGUGGAGAGGUCUUGUACCCCUCCUGCACCAAUCGAAUUUGUACAAGGAAGGAACUCGAAGGGAGAAGAGUUCUCUCAGGUGCCAAUUCAUCCAAGAAAUGAACAUCAAGUUGAUAUUUCAGGGUUUCCGGGGCACACUGCUUACCCAUAUUGUAUGUCAGGAGUGGUGAAUCAAGUGAUGAUGCCAUCAUCUGCACAGCUGUAUCCGAAGAGCCUGCAUGACAUGCAAAAUAAUGCUACUACUCCUGCCAUGCUACCUCAGUACAAUCAUCUUCCACAAUGUCCUCCCCAUGGGCCUGGAGUUGCAUCAUUUCCUUAUUAUCCAGUUAGUAUAUGCCUGCAACCAGGUCAAAUGUCCACUACACACCCCUGGCCAUCAUAUGGAAAUUCAUCUUCCACUGAAGUGAAAGGUAAAGUAGAUAGAAGAGAGGCUGCCUUGAUAAAGUUUAGGCAGAAAAGGAAGGAGCGUUGUUUUGACAAGAAAAUUAGAUAUGUGAACAGAAAACGACUUGCUGAAAGGAGGCCACGUGUGAGAGGACAGUUUGUGAGGAAAAUGAAUGGUGUAAAUGUGGAUCUUAAUGGGCAACCUGCUUCUGUUGAUUUUGAUGAGGAUGAAGAGGAGUAUGAGGAGGAGAAUGCAUCAAGGGAUUCUACUCCUUGAUGCAUUCUCCUGGGGAUGAUCCUUUGGGAUAUCAUUGUUGAGCUGCUAGUAGUUCCCUUGCAGUUAGAAAGCUUUUGUUCUAAAAGUUCCUGUGCCUUUCUCUGUUCACUUGGCAGCUGUCCAUGCUCUCUUGGGUGAAUGGGAAGUGGUACUUGGGCAUUUCUAUCAUAUUGAUGCUGGGGGGUAUACUACUUUAAGCAUGCCAAUAUCCAUUUCCUUCACUUGCCCAUUGAAGUAGGGGUGGAACAUGUUGCCACUUGUUGCUUAUCCUGUUUUUAAGGCCAAAUGUGCCACUGGUUCACCUUGCUUAAAUAACACAAUCACAAGGAGCUUUUUGAUCAGGGUUUACACCUGCAGGUUGGGGAUAAUGGACCCAGAAGCUCCAUACACUAUCAUUUUCAGUAUGCAAAUCCGUAUGGUUGGAUUGCCUCUCCAGUUUCUUUGAAGAAAGGCUGAUGGAUUCUCUAAAAUACUCUUGAAGGAGAGAAGGCAACAUUUGGUUCUGACUACCACUAAUCCAACAUGAUACUUUUCUACACCAAUUUCUUGUCAUAGCGAGUCAAGACUGUUUGUCUUGGGAGUUGGAAUGUUCCAGCUUCACUAUCAUAAACUUUGAUGCCUGCAUCUUUGUUGAGGAAAUUUCAGGUUUUGAUUGCAAGGUGGGAACUAAAUCUCAUAGGAGAAAUGAUUAGUUCGCUCAACAUGUCUGAGUGCUUCUCUGGUCGGCAAACUGAUACAUGGUGUGGUUUCUCUUCUUAAAAUCAAGGGCGUUCUUACAUUGUGUCUUGCUUGCAGGAGUGUGUGUGGAGAAGGUGAUUGGAAAUUUUAGUGUGAAGAAGUUCAGCUCUUCAGUGCUGAGAUGUAAGGAUGGCUAUUCUUGUUUGUGGAUAUUCAUGGAGUGCUAGAGACAGUUUAAGAAUGUUGAAAAGAAAAAUUUAUUGGAAUUCACAAAAUAUAUUUUCCAAUAGUUUCAGAGGCAUUAAUGUUGAAGGGAAGCACAAGACAUCAGUCAAGACUCGGAAAGCAGCAGAAGUGUUACUUUCUAUCACAAAGUAUAUACUAAUUUUUAUUUGACAUUAUGUAAGGUUAUCAUUGUCUCCUAUCAAUCAAGGAAGCAGCUGAGGUGUUGCGAGGAGACCAUUUUGUGAAUGAUCCCCACUUUGAUAGUGCUCACAAACAUCCAUAUGUUCUGAGCCACAGUGGCUAGUAGGUCAGUUGCAAUUGGAGGAAAGUGCUGGAUCUCAAAAUCCAAUGUUUGACUCUCCAGGUCGCUGCCCUCAGCUCCACUAUCCAUUUGGGUUGUUCCCUGAUAAGAUUGAUGUAUGAAAUGUGGUAGGCUCCAGUUCCACUUGCUUUCCUUUCCCAACAUCGACCAGCCACUCUUACGACUUUCAGGACUCAAGACCCCGGAUUCCAAUUCGUAAUUCAAUUCCCUUGAUAACUCCAACUGGAAGGAGAUGGAAAGCAACUCCAAUGGGGUGGAUAGACAAACCAUCCAACGCUCUCAUUUGACUAGGACUAGAGGUACCCCUAGAGGUCAUCAAGACGUCAUCCCAAGGAUACAACGUGGCUGGUCUCUUGUAAAUUAAAAUUCUUUUGGUCCCGAUGCUGAAGAAUUAGAUCAGCAUAGAAGACGAUACGGGAAAAGGAAGCUUUCUCCAA